UGUUUGAUCCUUACUUCUCUGAGCUUCCCCUUCUUCCAGUGUCCCUGUCUUAUCUCCUGAUAAGACAUAUUGUGUGGAGACACUGUUCACAUACUCAGUUUGGUGUGUAUUGCUAAGGAGUACAUGGGAUCAGCACAGGGCCAAUUAGCACUGUCUAGACAGAGGUCAGGGGUUUUUCAUCCUCCUAGAGCAGAAAGAAAACUCCUCCUACAAGCUUUAACAUGUGCUCUACUGGACACUGAUAGAACUCACAAGACUGCUAUAUACUGCUGAUGAGAAAAGGUAUUUAGCAGUUUAUAUCUACUAA